UCCCAUCACAGCCUUGUGAUUUUCUGGGAGUUGAAGCUACUCAAUGUUUUUUUCCAAAAAUUGUAUUUCUGUUCUGAGUCACGCCCACAUCCAGAAUCAGUGAUUAUUAACUUCAAGGAGAAAUAUUGCUGCUCGGGAGAGGAGGUACCAAAGCCUUUAGGGACAGGAGGAGGUGCAGUAUAAAGAGAGACAGAGUGUUAAACAAGGGCACCAGAGCCAUGGAGGAGAGAGAAAACUACAGGAACCUGCAGGAGUUCACAGAGGAGCCGACCCCUGGAGGGAACCGGCUCAUCCACCAACAUAACAACGGCUCCCAGGGACUGAAGCGGGGCGUUGAGUGUUUGAGGAGUCGGACGGCUCUCCUGAUGCUUAUUGGCUUUUUGGCCUCCAUCUGCGCCAACAUCAUACUCACUGUGCUCUUGAUUGGUCGGCCGCUGCCAGGUGCCCCCCAGGACUCCUCAUCUCUGGGUCUGAAGCUGAACUCGGCACAGAGGCGUCUCAUCCAGCUGUGUGAGGACUACGCCGCUCUGGGCCGGAGCUGUUCAAAGACAGUUAAGCAGUGCAGGGAGUGUCCAGAAGGGUGGCUUCAUGUCGGAGAUCAGUGUUUCCACUUCAGCAACAACAAGCUGGACUGGUGGAAGAGCAGAGAUAGCUGUGCAGACAUGGGCAGCCAUCUUACUAUACUGCACACCAUGGAACAGCAUGACGCUCUGGAAAAAGAAGCCAAGAGAAUUGGUGGAUUUGAUUACCACUUCUGGAUCGGCCUGUCUGACACAGAGAAGGAAGGAGACUGGAAAUGGGUGGACAACACCACAUUGAAACACAAAUACUGGGAUAAGUGGAGCUCAGAGCCCAAUAACCAUCAGUCAGGAGGGGAACAUGGAGAGGACUGCGCCACCUUAGACAGCCAUGCAAAGACAUGGUUUGAUGUUCCUUGUGAACACAUUUACAAACGGGUCUGCCAGAUGGAUGCCAUUCAGCUCAACUGAAUCACAAUACUACAAAUCUGCAUAACUGGGAGGUCUGGAACUAGGUUAGGGUUAAUACAACCAAAAAGGGUUACGGUUAACACAGAAGUAAUGGCUGUAAGAUUACAGAAAACAUAACUCGGCCGUAAGGUCAUUCUUGUGAUGUACGACAUGUAGGCACACAGGAUUAUUAUUUCUUUUUUACUGAAGGUAUGAUUGCUGAAAAUCUGUUGAAUUAAGAUAAAAAUAUAUUGGGGGGAAUUUAAAAAGAAUACACAUUCUGGUAUUGCACACAAUUUAGAUAGAGUAGGAUUUCAGUAUAUCAUUUUUAAAACAUACAAUUUGAUGGCAUCAGCUAGGCCAACAUGUUUGGAGUGUGCCCAUUCACAAUGAGAGAGCCUAUUAUUUAAUUCAGCUUUGAAUGUCAGGUCAUCCAGGUACAAAACAAGUAUUCCUGUUGCAAAGCUGAAUGCCACAAAUACGCUCAUUGUGUUCUAGACAUUUGGGCCUCUGCUGUAAAUCUGUGCACAUUCUCACCUCAAAACUGAGCUGCAAAUUAUUCAGAAAUCUGAUUUAAUAUUUUUGUUUUAAGAUUGUUUUCCCUUUGAAGGUGCAUAACAAGAGAGUGGGAGCAUUUUGAUUGCUUCUCAACGGCUCUCAACAUGGUGAGGCAAUAAGCCGACAGAUCGUAGUUAACGGUGAUAACAGCACUAUAACAGUACAAACUACGGCAAGCGUGCUGGCCCAAUAACAGUGUGGAUGCUAUGCUUCCGCUACAGCGCUGUCUGUCGAUACGAUGCUAUCAGAAAACAGUGCAGAGCGGCAGCUGUGAGCUCGCCAGUGGGGAACGCUCACGUGCACAAACACGUUUUCAGUUCCUCCAAGACAUUCAUAUUUCUCAAUAGGGUAGACACUCUUUUCAAUGUCAAUGAAACACCUGGAUUCAAUAGAGUGAAAUACGAUAGAUUUACUGUGCAUUACAAAUUAUAUGGCGAGCCCGGGGCUGGUUCAUGGAGCAGCUUGGUGUGAUAUCCUAUGUCAGUUCUAUACAUUAUUGUAUCAAUUGAUCUUUUCUUUUAACCAUAUGUGUAGUUGUUUUUCAAAACACAACCCUGUCUUAUCUAGCAUCUCUAAUUUUGAUUUAUUGGUCAAACUGACUGAAAAAGAGCUGCUCUUGGAUAACAUAUUCUUAUCAAAAUCGCUGCAAUUUCUCACUGAAAUGUAAAACAUUGAUUAAUAUACUUCUCUUUUUUAAAUCCCACAUUAAAUAAAACUGGACACACAUUAGAUGAAUAAAGGCAUGUGCUAUAAGACAAGUAAUAUUCAGUAAAAUACAAUAGCAGGCUCAGCUCUAUCAAAAAAGCAUGGAGAAGCUAUAACAACUAUAUAUUGUCUAUCUAAUAGUUGUUUGUCGAUAUAUGUUAAUGCUGUAAAUGUUUAAUGUGCUCAUCUAAGAUGAAUAAUAAUAGCUUUCCUGCCCUAUGUUAGACUUUUGGGAAUAAAUGUAUGUCAAUAAAAUUGUCUACCUUGA